UCGGUUCAUAGUUAAUUAGUGUUAGAUGUGUUCAUUUAAAUUUAAAUGAAAACACUGUGUGACGUCACUUGAAGGACUUUACAGCGUAUUCGGAUGGAACCUUUGUGACAGCCAGAGAGUUUAAGUUAGAAAGAGCAGGAAAUUUGUCCGCACUUGCUUCAAUGUCAGAGCUGACAAUUACACUGUAAUCACAGAUUAUUUGGAUAUAAGUUGCUUCAAAUCCUUCUUUGUUUUGUAUAUAAUAUAUUUCAUCAGGUGUUGCUGUUCGGCAAACAUGAGAACAGAAGUCUCUACAGCUGCUAAUUUUGUUAGCAGUCUGGUCAGGAUGACUGGCCUUCUUAGUGAAGAUCAGCUUAAUCACUUAAACUUUUCCCUACAGAAGACGCUACUUGAGUACUACGAGCAACACUGGUUUCCCCAAGACCCUUGCAGAGGGUCAGGCUACAGAUGCUUGUGCAUCAACCACAAAAUGGACCCUUUGAUAGGCAAAGCUGCCUGGGCCGUUGGCAUUACACGGGAGGAAAUCUUUUCCCUGCUUCCUUGUGAGCUAACACUGUGGGUGGACCCGAAUGAAGUGUCGUAUCGCAUUGGUGAAAAUGGACCCAGUUGUGUUCUUUAUGCGUCCUGAUCACCUGCCAUAUCUUACAACACUGCAAAAGUUGAAGAAGCCAGCUGUAAGGCAAAACUAUGCCCUGAACAAUCAAUUCUUCAGAGUUCUUCAAUAUGAUGAGGCAUUUUCCUUGUUAUUUUCAUGUGGA